GACGACGACGACCACGACGACAGCGACCGUUGGGGAACGCGGCGGUGGUGUACCGGUCCCGACGACGAAAACGGCGCUCAGCGGCAGCAACAUCAUCCUGCAACGGCGGCAUCGACGAGGGCCCUCGCCGUCAACGAAAUCGGUCGAAAAUGUGAUAGACCCAUCCGCUGCGGACGGACGGACCUCGAUCGGGCAGCAGAUCGCGAACUACUUUCUUCGCAUCCGGCGCAGCCGCUCGUCACACGCAGUCACCAGCCACGGCACGGACACCGCCGGUAGCCGCAACCGGACAAACAGCAGCAGCGCCCACCGGCCGACUGCAUCGUACGGUCCGCUAGCAAGCUCCGCUAGCUGCAGCUUUGGCACCGGCAGUCACGGCGACGACGACGACGACGACUCACGGCAGUUGCAUCAAUCGGCCAGCUCCGUCACCUGCUCGGCUCCAACCGCCGCCAACAUGGCCGCCACCGAUGGGCAGAUCAUACUGGCCGCGUCCCGAUUUGCGCCGGACACGCCGCCCGUAUACCUGCGAGACUUUGCCAAGAGCGAACUGCCGGCGGUCGGAAAGAUCGUGAAGGGCCAGUACUACAGCUUGGGCGUACCAACCCUAUCCAACCCAUCGCUACAGAGUACGGCCCUGUUUCUAAAUGCGGGACGCAAGUACCAAAUUCUGGCCCAGCCGAUCAAGAUCAAGGAGGGUCGCAAGAACACAAACGUCGGUCCGAAAGUGCUCAUCCCCGAGACGUACCCGGGUUACUUUGAGCUGCUGAGCGAAGAUGGACGUUCGACGCGUUGUAUCGAGAGCGUGCUGGAGCUGUCCCGGCGGCGCAACUUCCGGGUGUUGGUGCGCGAGACGGUGCGCUGCAACCACAACAGCAAGUCGCUGCACGCGGGCGAAAUUCUCACCACGAUCUCAGACAAUGGCAAGUACCUGCAGUGCCGGACGUCCAAGGACGAGCUCGUCAGUUUGCCAUUAGAAGCCAAAGCGAAGUUCUCCCCGAUCGCGAAGGAGGACAGCAUUAGCGGUGUGCACACGGUGCGGAAUUUGUUGCAGAAGCGUAUGCCGGUCACGGUACGGUUGGUGCAUGGGGCUGCUCCCAAGGGCUUGAAGCAACCGUUCGUACCGGAGCUGCGGUUGCUCGGAUGUGUUGAGGUCGAUCGGAUAUUUGCGCUACCGUUGCAGAAGGACAUGGAUCUGGUGUCGGUGCCACUGAACGCGAAGAUCAAGAUACAGCGGGCCAAGAACAUGGAGCAGCUGGAUCACUUUAUCGAGUAUUCGCGAUUCCUGGACAAAGCGCAGCGGCUGCUGGUGGAUGCGCGCGACCGUCUACAGAUCAUCGAUCUGAAGCUGACCGACAAGGAGAAGAAGGACUCGGCAAAGGCGGUAGCGGCGGCACACAAAACGAUGGCUUCCACCCUGUCCGGGCUGACGGCGAACGGGUACGUGCUGAAGAAGAGCAACAGCUGUGAUUCGAACCGCUACUCACCGGAGAUAGUGGGGGCCGGCAGUGGUGGCGGCGGUGGCGGCAGUCAGAACGGUUCGAUCGCGGACGAGUACGACGAGAUCGAUCAGAUCUACGAUUACGUGCGUGGGCUAGCGCCACUGCCGAAGAAUCUGUACAAGUUUGAGGCGAUCGAGCCACCGCCGGGUGGAUCGUCGCCGACAACCAACGGUGCCACGACGCCGCUCUCGAACGCGAUGCUCGGUCCGGCCACACAUCAGCACAGCCUCAAGACGGUGGAAAACAUGAAGACGGCCCAGUCGAACGUCCUCAACAACAACAACAGUAACAACAACAACAAUCACUACGACACUAGCAACAACAACUACUGCAACAUUAUCAAGUACUCCAAUCACACGCAACAGCAAACGUCGUCGCAGCCACAGUCGCAACAACCGCUCCACCAUCACCACCAUCACGGUCACCAUCACCACAGCCAUCAGGGACACCAUCAUCAGCACACCGCCUCGAACAGUCUCGAAUCGUCGUCCAAGCACGCCAGCGCGGCCCUUAAUGCCAUCAACAACAACCAUCACAACGGUCACGGCGCAGUGGUCGACCACAAACCGAUCCCGCCACCGAUCGAAACGAUUCCGGGCAAGAAGCUGCCCGAAAAGCGUCAGCGGCCUACUCUUCCGAAGCUAUACUUCAAGAGCAGCAUCGGGAUGCAUCAGAAGAGUCCUACGCCGGGUACUACCGCGAUCAGUCCACUGAGCAAUGGAGGUGCCAAUGGUGGCGGUGGUGCUGGUGGCAUUGUACAUCAUCCACCGAUCGCCAUCACACCGAAGGAGAUCGCUGUAGAGCCUCAGAGUCCGCUAUUCCACAUCCGGUAUAAAAGCCUAAGCAGCUUGCAGCUAGCCGCGACGACCCCAUCCCAACAGGACUCCCAUCCAGUCACACCGAUCUCACCCUCGCCGAAAGGGGCGGGCCAGGACAAGAACCAUCUGCUCUCCAAGUCAGCCAGUGCCGCCGGUCCGGGUGUGCGCGAAGGUACGCUCGACUCCUCGCGCAGCGGUGGCCGCACGUCGGGCGAUUCGGGCAAACUGCCGGAGAAAAAAUCACGCCGACUUAGUAGACCGCGCAGCCUGUCCAACCUGGUGUGGGAUCUGCGUCCGCACAAAUCAUCGUCGGAGAAGACGAAGAAGAAGCUUUACCUGCACCAGUUCGAUCGGCAGCAGGGCACGCUCUAUCUGUAAAGGAAGGAACCACAAUCGUCGGCAGAUUCAGAUUUCGUCAGCAUCAGUUUUUAGUCAAGGCCACAGAAGACACAGAUUUGAUUUGAGUUGGAUUUGAGUGGGUUGUUGCGGUUGAACCGGUAGCAGGAGUCACAAACUGGGGAUAUGACUGAGAAAGAAGGUGAAGAAGAAGAAUUUUGGGGCAUGAAUAUCAAAUCGAAGCUAGCUGCAGCAGCGGCCGGAAAAAUAACAGUAUCGUUUAACCUUUGUACCCGAAGGACCUGGGAAUCAAAAAGUCCCUUUCUUUUAAACAAGACUCCUCUCUACAACUUCUCUUUAGCUCUUUCUCACUACUAUCCAUGUGAUCCAUGUUGUGUGUGUGUGUAAGUGUGCGUUGUGUAAAAGUAGCAGAUUAUAUAUAUUUAGAAAGAGAGACCCGAGUAGGAGUAGUAGCCGUAGCAACUAGUAGACGUAGUAGCAGCAGCAGCAGCAUCAGUAACUACUGUUUCCUGGCUUACGCGAAGACUCAGUUCAUCAUUUGCUCGAUGUUUAGACAACCGAUGCAGGGUUGUAAUAGUAAAAACGGCACCUCGGUGUAUGGCAGAUGAGUGUUACAAUCCUUUACUCCCCUUGUUUGAAUUGAACGGCAGAACCGAACAUGGCCAGCAUCUUUUACCGAAAGAGAGAGAGAGAGAGAGAGAGAGAGAAAGAGCGAGAUAAGUUCUAUAGCAGUGCGUGAUCUAGUACGCACUGACUGUCAGGGUUCGUCAAGCAAACAAGCAAGCAAAGAUACAUAUGGAAGAACAAAACCUACCAUAAUAGUGGUACCCCGGACGAAGGCUGGAACUAGUGUUAGGUUACGUUUUGUUUUUCUCGUUUCCCCCCUCUUCUUUUCGUAUGUCCUUUUACCUUGCGUCUGUGUUUUUAUUUUUAUUUGCCAUCGUCGUCGCUAAAAGGCUGUGUGGUGUUGAGAAACGUUUCAGUUUACAAGUUUACGAAAAUAGGAUUUAGGCCGUGUUAGUGAAAUAUGAUGAUAGGGCUGUAGCGUAACCAUCUAUAUCCCAAUUCAAUACUUUCAGUAGUGUGAUUCGCUUCGAGGAGAGACAGGGAGAGAGAGAGAGAGUAUGCAAAAGAGAGAACGAUGUAGGGCCAUGCCCUAAAAUUCCAAUGCACACGACCGCGAGACCACUAAUACUCGCGCGUUCCAGUGUGACAGAAGCUAUGGAAGUAUAUCGAAACGUACCGAACGAACCGAACGAACCGAACUGUCGCUCUCUGCGUGACAAGCUAGUAGGUGUGUGUAUUGUGUGCGUGAAGAAUGUGUGUUUUUUUUUUUUAAUUCAAUUAAAUAUUCCCCUCUUUACGUUGUAAGUGAUCGGUGGUGAUCGUUAGUAUCGUGCGUAGUAGGGAACGGUAGUACAAGCUGUUUUCUGUUGAAAAAUCCAAGUUCGCUUGCUAUCGAGCAAAAACCGGGUGUGCGGUCCCACACAGGAUCGAAACCUGCUGUUUGCGAGCAGAUGCAAUUUUUAUUUUUCAACGCUCCUUGUCUUAAUUACUCACAACAGAGCCCGUACAACCUUUGCCAAGCAAGCACAAACGAUGUGACAACAAUCCGCUCGUGCUACGUUCGGUUGGGUUUGUGUCAAAGGGUCGGGUUUGGUUUUAGUUUUGUGCAUAAGAUUUAGCUCCCCAUUAUACUGCCUCACCUACUACUACGUGCUGCUUACUGUACUAGGAAACGGAAACGCUCCUCGAAGUCCUCGGAGGACCAGGAUGGGGCACGCUACAGCUGUUAAGCCGCGCUUGGUAUGCGCGCAACAAGGAACAGUCAUUUUAGUUCUUAAUUUAAGUCACUAUGAAUUAAUCCCCUCGUUCUUUUUUAAUAAACAAAAAAUGCUCUAUCAACAAAAAGGCGUUUGUGUAUGUGUUUGAGACCGUGUUUGAGUGAUGCGUUCAAAAAAGCAUCUUGAAAGAUUUUAAAAGAAUCAUAAACAUAAAUACCAUGUUUGUACAGUAAAGCACUAAAAACACAGAUUUAACUGAGUUAGUUUUUAAAAUUGCUUUCAUGUGUGUUAAACAAUCCCAUGCAAAAUGAUCGAUCCUCUGUGUAAAGGCAUGUAAUAUAAAUAUUUUUCUGCUAAAUACAAAUAAAAAAUACAAAA